GUGAAAAUGCCAUGCGUAGGAGGAAACGCUACGUACACAGUCUAUCGCCAUCUUCUGUCUUGCGCGUCGUUGCGGAUCAUGUUUCACUUUAUUUCUGUGGACGCGUGUUGUCACGUGACUUAAGGUCGUGUGAGAAAAUCUCACGUGCAUGCUUACUACGAAGACCUUCACUGCGAACGGUCGCCAGUGCCUCCUCUAUUCCGUGCAGUUGAGAACGGAAUAGAACCUUAAUCUCACUGAGCGUGCACUGUCUGACACUGGAUUACCCGAUUACCAUAGUAGGAUGCGAAUUUUACUUAGCGUACGCGGGAAAAAGGUGUUGUCAGACAGCUGUAUUUCAUCCAAGGUUCGAAACUUGAACUUCCAGGUUAGGAUGACAGCAAGGCUCCUUCCCUAGGUAGUCGCCUUCGUACCCGACGCUCUACAACUUGAAAGGUGCGAAUCAACCACUGCUAACCUCCAUUCUCGUUGAUGGGCUUGCAGUAGGCCGCCAGUCCUUCCCUGUCCGGCUCAUUCAGACGCCAUUCACCUGCUCAAUGAUAGCUGUCUCAACAAUAGGGCCGUUAUACCUUCCACGCAAGUAUCCAAAGUAACUUGCGACGCCGAUAAGCAUGGUGCCUCCCCAGAUGAGAGAAGACCAGUUCAUUGAUUGAAGAGUCAAGUCCGUCCUUACCGAAGGAAAGAAACUGAAGGUCAUGGUGAUGGCAAUCCAAAGAAGCCCGAAAGCGUUGCAAAAGAUGCCCAGUCGUUGGCCCAACGUCCAAGGGCCGUAGUGGAUGGACGAUGGAUUGAAGAGCUUUUUAUGGAGCAAGAGACCCAUGGGCAGUGUGUAACUUCCCAGGUACCCUGCCACGACCAGCGAGGCGACGGCAUUGAAGGCAGCCGACGACCCGAUAUUGAUCAGUCCCAGAAGCAAGGUGAUCACCACCGAGACCCCAACGGAAUAAAGGGGUAACUUGGUCCGCGGCUCGACGCGGGAGAUGAAUCGCGAGCCAGGAAGGCCGUUAUCACGAGCAAAUGCCCACAUCAUACGCGAAGCCGCCGCCAGGACCGCAAUGGCCGCGAAUAUCAUCAGCGAAAGGACAAUUGAAGUCAUAGCUGUGGCACCGCCGGUCGAAUUGACAGCUUGGUAGAAGAUUUCGAUAAAUGGGAAUCCGGUAGUUGUUUCGAGGGCAUUGUCAAUAUUGCCGACGCAAAACAGAAUGGCAAUCAGCAUGGAAAACCCCAUUGUGCCGUUCAAGCCGAUCGAGGCUACCAACGAAUGUGGCACAACGGUGGACGCAUUCUUGAUCUCCUCACUCAUGUGAAUGGCUCCGUCGGCUCCGAUGAAUGCGAAAACGGUCGUGAUAAGGCCCACAAAGAACGAUGUGCCUUUAUCGUAUCCCCCGUUAUUGAGGUAUAAUGCAAACACGUCAUGGGCUGUGCCAUGGGGCGCCAGAUAAACCAAAGUGAUGAGGACGCCGAAAAACCCGACGAUGUGCACGAUCAACACCGCCCCUUCGACCUUCGGGAGCUGUUUUGCAAGGUAGGUAUUGAAAAGCAUCGCCAACAGCACAACGGCGUACAGAAGGAGUGUACCAUGCCACCGCUGGAAGUUGUACGUGGGAUAAUUCAGCACGAGCAGUCCCUGAAUAAUAGUGCCACCAAGGUACGCCGCUGACGCCAGACAAGCUUGCCAUGACAGCACGGACUGCCAUCCUGUGAUGAACGAGAGGAAGUUCCGACAUGAUUCUGGUGCAAACAGGAAUGUCCAAUGGUACUGCCCGCCUGCGGUCGGAGCCCUUAUUUGCGUCAGUCAGCAAACCCCGAGAAAUGGCCCCCCUUGUGCACUCACAUCGAAACCAUCUCAGCCAGAGAAGCGACAACGGCCAGAUAACCCAGCCAGCAGAAGAGAUAUCCAUAAAUGAGCCCGGCUGGUCCACCGUCGGUCAAGCCGUACACGAAGACCGUCAAAAGGCCCUCCCAGGUAAUCAUGAGGGUGCAGGAGAACCCGAGCAUGCUCAUGAAGCCAAAGUUGCGCUGUCAAACUCAAUCAGCAGGUCCCGUCGAAACGGCUGGAGAGUCAGUCUUACCCUGAGCUCCUGACGUUUACCUAGCCUGGCCAGCUCCUCUUCGUCCCUGUUGACCGAAUUCUCUCCGUCAUGAUGGAUCUCAGAAGAACCAAACUUGCUACCACUCUUCAUCGCAAAUGUGUCGCUCAUGUUGACAGUCUUACUGAAAGUCGACUUUGGAAGACGGAAGCGAUUGGCACUGAGGGGCGUUGCAGUUCGAGCAGAGGAAGGUACCAGUAAAACAAGUUGAACGCUUGAACUAUUUUACUACUGGCAAGACCCUUUGCGAUUUCAAUAUGCAGACUCUGUGCUGUGGCAACAUGAGACCCUCUAUGGGCCUAGCAGAUCCGAAACGUGACAGGAGGAAUGUCCCAGCGUGUUGUAUGAGGAGGGCAGGUCAAGAGGUGGCCCCUCUGCUCCCAGCAGCUAGACUCUAUCACAAAAAGGCCUCCAACGUCCAGAAGAGUCGGUGAAAGGACUCAGCCUCCGUACACAACUUGCAACACCUACACGUGUGCUCAGGAUUCGCGGCUCAGGCAGAUACUCGUUGGACGACCGGGGUCUGCGACGAUCAUGCCGCAGAGCUAAAGGACCUAAUGCCACAGGGGUACAUUGGAAAGCAGGGCUACGUUCCAGGAACUUUACAUCCGUCAAGUGAUGCACUUGCAGAAAAGGGAUGUUGCACCGGGAUGGAGCUUGCACAGAUGCGUGGCUUUCAAGGCAACAUCGCGAAUAGUGCGGCCGAGAAGUUUGUGCUCGAACCACGUUGCUGCUACGACAUACAUCCCCAUUACUCGAAUCUCAGACCCUUCAAUCUUGCUGUCUCCAAACCUUGAAGCCAGGCGUCCCGCAGAUCGUGACUGACAUAGUCGACUCUUGAGGCUCUACGGCUUGCGGAUUGCAUCGGAAGUACACGAACGGCACUGCAGCAACCCUCGCUGGAAUCCCAAGGCGACAAAGGAGUGUGACACAAUGUUCAACCCCAGCAGGGAAGCGAUGCAUGCAGAUUUGCAACCCCCCCGCGCCUGCAGCGCAUACGCGUGCAGUCGAGACUUUAAGCCACAUACCGCUUGUUUAGUGCGAACGCGGCGAUGCUGUCGAUCCGGGCAGAGUCUGGUAUGAACCCGAGGUCUAGCGUCCGUCGCUGACAAGAGAGACACCUGUUUUAAUUCCACAAUGUCACUUGCCCUCAAUUCCAGAUGGGCAGCCCAUGAGAACGGCCCCCGGAUCCUACGCUCAUAUGUCACUUCAGCUCGGCAGAUCCCUUCCCUACCCUGGGAGCUACGGUUACUGGACUGUUUUGGAAACACAUAUACGCGAAGCCGGCAGCGAGCACCCUAGCGUUGGAUUUUCGAAUCCUCUGAGCCUCGAACGAGCUUGACCAGUGGUAUUGUUUUCCGACAUCAUCUGAUAGACUUGAUUUUCGUGGUUGUCUUAUCACAUCCCCGACAUUGAGUCUAGACGCAGCCGAGGCAUUAGUCUUGCAGAUCGAUCCCUUCUGACCUCCGCUCAGCUAACCACUGACCUCGUUUGCUCCCGAGGAAACUUGAAAAUCCCCCGGGGAUGGAUUGAAUGGUUGUUGUUCCUUCCUCACGGCACUGUGGUUCAUUGCAGAAUUUGACUACCUUCUACUACCUCAUGUUGACCCAAAAAAUUAUCUGGCCACAGGCAAUCACUGAAUGCGCAAGGCAACGGUGGACAAAUCAUCCCAUGAGUUUGCCGUGGUGUCUACUGUCUUCGGGAAAGACUACUGGCAGGGAAUAAUCCAGCUCCAUGCACUGCAGCCUGCAAUCUGCAUCCUGCAAGCCUUGCGUGGGAAUCACAAAAAUGGGGCUUCAAACGUUGUCACAAACACCUACAACCACAGCACAUGCAUCUAGAACAAACCCUCAAACCACAUCUUGCCCCCUUUAACAUGUGCUGGAAUUGGAACCCGGACAAGAAGCCAUGCCGCACUGCGUCCAAGGAUGCAUGUUCUGGCACACAAGGCUCGCAAGGAUUUUGCGGCAUUCAAGUUGCAGUGCAGUAGAUCAACGUGAUAUCCCACGCAUGCGGCAUACAACGUCCGGGGUGCGAAGUCGGCACAUUGUCGCGAUAGGUCGAGACGAUGAUUGACUUUGGAAAAGUCAGGCUACUAGUAGUCGUACCAGCUAAGAUGCAACUAUCACCGUGUUCUCAGGUUUCGGGUAUUUUAGUGGGCAUCUACCCUACCUACCGUGCAGUCCGCCCCUGACCUGGGUUGCAAGUAACCCCCGGAGUGUGUACAGUGGUAGAAAGGUAAGUACAUCAAGCAGUGCAGUGCCGCACACUAUAGGUGUACUUUGUGGUAGAAUUAUAUAUGAUUAGAAGAGAGAGAGAGUAAGUAGAGAUAACAGAACUAAGUACAUAAGAUAUAACACGUUAGUGCGGGGUAGGAGCGUUAGAGCGCCAAGAGUGCAGAAGCGUAGGUAUUCCUUCUUAAUAUACCCCCUAAUAACUAUAUUCUU